AUGGAACAUCUCAGCAACAAUGCACGUCAAAUAAUGAUUAUAGUUGGUACAAUCAUGUUUAUACUUGGCUCAAUUGGAAAUAUUUUAAAUAUUUGUGUAUUUGCAAUAUGGUCUCGUUCACGAUCAACAAUAACUGAACGUCAUAUAAUUGGUGAAACAAAUAAUAGUCCAUUAUAUUUACUUAUAUCAUCAAUAUCUAAUUUAAUUGUAAUUCUUUAUCCAUUAUUAACUCGAAUUAUAUUUGAUGGUUAUAAUUAUUUAGUAACAUCAAAUACAGUUUUUAUAUUAUGUAAAUUACGAUUUUUUAUUUUACAUACAUUUGAUUUAAUAUCAUUAGCAUCUUUUUGUAUGGCUACAUUUGAUCGAUAUUUAAUAACAGCUCGAGAUGUUCAUAUACGUCGUAUGAGUACAACAAGACGACGAACAAAACAAAUUAUUUUAGCUAUAUUUAUUAUAUUUAGUUUACAUAGUAUACCAAUUGCUAUUUAUUUUCAAGUUUCAAAUACUGGUCAAUGUGAUAUAAGUUCAAAUCAAUAUUCACAUUAUUAUUUAUAUGUUUGUCAAGUAUUACUUCAUGGUAUAUUACCUAUUAUAUUUUUAUCAAUAUUUGGUCCAUUAACAAUGAAACAUUUAAAAAAACUUCAACAUCAAACACAUGUUUAUAGUCAUUUAAAACGUCAUAAACAAUUAUCUUUUAUGUUUUUCUUAAUGUCAUUUACAAUUGUAAUGUCAUCUAUUCCAUAUUGUAUUGAACAAGUUUAUUAUAAUAUAUUUUCUAAUUAUGCUGCUUAUCAUCAAUCAUCUUUAAUAUUUCUUUUACAUGUUAUUUCUUCAAUAUUAUUUUAUAUAAAUCCAGUAUCAAGUUUUUAUAUAUAUUUUAUUUCAACAAAAAAAUUUCGUCAACAAAUACAAAAAUUAAUUCGAUGUAAUAGACAUAAUCAUUUUUUUAAUCAUAAUCAAGUACAUACAAUAACAACUCCACAUAAUAUUCAUUAA